AUGAACUCAUCCAACGAUCAUCCAAAAAAAGAUGAGCCAUUAGAGUUUCCAGAAGCCCUGAAGGGGAAACGUAUCCUUCUUGCUACAGAAUCAUUCGGACCCGUGAAUGGUGUAAGUCGGACGACGUUAAAUCUUGUCGAAUACCUGCGUGGAAAUGGCGUUUUUGUUGCAGUCGUCGCACCUCAUUAUUCGACCGGAGCUGCACCCAUUGCUUCCACGACGAAUAGUAACAACCAGAUCGAGUUGAGGUUGAAAGGAUAUCCAUUACCUUAUAACCCAGAACUUUCAAUAGUUUAUCCUGUGCGCCUAUCGCAAUUAUAUGCUAGAACCUUUGGAUCAAAGCCAGAUCUAAUAUACCUUGCGAGUCCUGCGUCUCUAGGCUUUCAGAUAUUACUACAAUUAAGACAACAACAGAGAACUUCUCAAGUUCCUGUAAUGCUGAAUUUUCAGACGGAUUUAUCGGGCUAUUGCGAAAUAUUAUUCCCGGCACCGUUGGAUAGAUGGGCAGUAUGGGUUUUUGGAAGUGUACAAGGUUAUCUCUUUCGAUGGGAAGGAGUCAAGACAAUCUUUUAUCCAAGUAGAUUUGUGAAAAGAUAUUUGGCGAAAACGGGGAUUCAGGAGGAGAAGAUGGAAAAUUUGAGAAGAGAAGUUGAUGGCUCCAUGUUUCAUCCGUCAAAACGAUUGGAAAAGCUUCGAAAAGACUGGGCUCCGAAUGGAGAACUGAUCAUGAUUUGUGUAGCUAGACUUGCACCUGAGAAGGGGUUUGGAUUUUUGAGUGAGGUUGUGAAAGAACUGGACGGAAGAGAUUUCCAUUUUAAGCUUAUAAUCGUAGGAGGCAAUCAAAGUCAAAAGGUCGAACAGGAAAUCAGAGGUUUAUUUGAAGCCCUAGUGGCGGAGGGAAAAGUUGUUUUCACUGGAACGCUCAGAGGCGAGGCACUAGCCGCAGCUUAUGCUUCUGCUGAUAUAUUUCUACACUGUUCAAUUACUGAGACUUUUGGCUUAGUGGUCUUGGAAUCGAUGGCAAGUGGCGUACCGCCCAUCGGAAAUGUUGCAGAUAAUAAAUUUGGAUACUUGGUUGCCCCAUCGAACCUCACGGGGUUUGUUGAGAAAGUCCUGCUACUCAGCAACCGGUCCCAACUGAGAUCAGCUAUGAGCAUCGAGUGUCGAAGGAUGGCGGAGGAGGCAACAUGGGAUAGUAUCGGUAAUCGCGUGGCAUGGAAAAUGGCCGAGGCAUUGAAGUCCCCCAAGUCGAUCACAAACGCACCGCCAGACACCAAGAUACCUUUGUAUAGUUGGUUGUUGAUGACUGAAGGAUUGAGAAACCUCCUGGUAUCAUUCAUUGUGGAUGCCAAACUUUUUGCGGGACUUGGGAUAAUCUUUGGAAUUUGGUUCGGGUUGAUUGUAACAUGGAUUUUGGUUCGAAUUUCAAUUCGUUUGAGGAUGUAA